AUGAGGUUGAAAUUGAAAGCUGAGGAGAUUGGCAAUGAACUCCGGAAACUCAAUAAAGUCAUUAGUGACCUGACGCCGGUUAGUGAGUUACCCUUAACCGCUCGGCCUCGGUCUCGUAAGGAGAAAAACAAACUUGCAUCCAGGGCCUGCAGGCUGAAAAAAAAAGCGCAGUAUGAAGCCAACAAAGUCAAGUUAUGGGGCCUUGGAACUGAAUAUGAUCGUUUGCUGUUUGUGAUCAAUGCAAUCAAAGAAGAGAUUGUCAGCAGAGUACAGGAUAUCUCACAUGACAAAGGAAAAAGCAUGACAGAGAAGCUGGAUAAACUCAUUGAGGAUACCAUAGUGCAGCCACCAGUGGCCGGCCAGACUUCAGACUUUGUGAAUCAGAUCCUGGAGAACACUGGGAAAGGAGAUCCCACCGGAGGGCUGGUGGGGUUGCGUGUUCCCACGUCGAAGGUGUAGAGUCAUGCCGACUGGCGAAGCCAUCCACGCCAUUCUUGUCCCACACUGUAACGGCCCGACACUCUGCAUGCCCAUUUCACUUGGAGACGCAUCCUCACAUUUAAAGUGAAUACAUGCAUACGAUACCGCUUGUCCGUGCAUACGUAUGUGUAUAUUCACCUUGUGCGCACCAAUGGAAAUGCAACUAGUAGUUAACCUUUGCACUCAGUAGUCCAUUUCCUACCAUGUGUGCAUGUGGCUGGUGGUAUUGUUUAACAGGCCGCCAUUUUGCAAAUAUUAAAAGCCAAUAUACGAGAUACCUCCAACAAAUGAGAAAAAGAGAGAGAACAUAGCUAAAUGAGCACCAGUUCUUGCUGUAGCAAUUUUUUCUCUUGCGUCCAGCUAAAUCUGUCAGAUGCCCAUUGAGAGUUUUGGGAAGCA